AGAAAAAUUUUCCUACAAUAGAAAAAAAAGAGAAUAGCAGAAAAGCUAAAAGAAAAAUUGCUGGCCAAUUAAGAUUAAUUAAAACUAAUUAAGAAAGAAAAAUAGUAAUAAAUAUAAACAAUACAACACAAACAUUAGAUUUGAAAACAAAAUGCCUCCUUUAAAAUCGUACUCUCCACAAAAUGAAUACAACGGCAAUGGCAAUAAUUCACCUACCGACGCUUCCGGAGCUUCGGGCACAGAUUCGUCUGCCUCCUCGUCCAGCUCGAAUGGCGGCGGCAACACCACCACCUCAUUGAAUAUAAAUACGCAACGUUCCACCACCAAAACACCACCGUAUUGUAAUGGUCAGUACCCGUUUAAGGUCCUGACCAAUCUCAAUCAAUUGCGUUCACAGAGACGUUUUUGUGAUGUUGACAUAGUGGCAGGCGGUGCCACUUAUGCUGCACAUCGUGUUAUAUUAAGUGCGGCCAGCGCCUAUUUUGAGGCCAUGUUUCGACCGGAAUUGGGAUUGAAUGAAGUCAAUCAAAAGACUGUUGUGCUGCAUACGAUUGAUGGUGAAAUAUUGAAUAUUUUAUUGGAUUUUAUCUAUACGGGAAGAUGUGAAAUAACGCAAUCCAAUGUCCAAGAAUUAUUAGCUGCCGCAGAUAUGUUGCAAUUGCAUGAAGUGGUUGAUGGUUGUUGUGAGUUUUUGUGUCGUGAGCUACAUGCUAGUAAUGCUUUGGGUAUUUUACGCUUUGCUGAAGCACACAAUUGCGAAGCCUUAGCUAAGAGUGCAUUAAACUUUGUGCAUGCCAAUUUUCCGGCGAUUACUCAGGAAGAUGAAUUUCUCGAAACCCCACAGACGUUAUUGUCACAACUUUUAACCUCAGAACUGCUGCGUGUCGAUUCAGAAUCUCAAGUAUUUCAGGCAGCAUUACGUUGGAUUAAACACGAUGUCACCCAAAGAAGAUGUUUUGUUUUCGAUAUAUUAUCUUUGGUGCGUUUGGCUUUAGUGCCGGUUAAGGUUAUUGAUCAGGCUUUAAGGGAUUGCCGUGAUAUGUCGGUUAAGAUAGCUCUGAGAUCGAUUUGCCGCGAUAUCGCCUCAAAAAGGGGUCAAUUGGUGCCUUUGCGUGUUUGUCCCCGCCAGUUGGCCAAAAAGAAUAUUUAUAUCAUUGGGGGCUCGCGGCGUGAGACCACCUCAACUUGGAAUCCGGCCGAUGAUAUAUUCGAUACGGUAGCGAAAUUUGAUAUAUUCCGCCGCGAAUGGACGGAAACGGCUCCCAUGGAAAUAGGACGUAUAUUACCGGGUGUGGCAGCUUUAAAUGGCAAGAUUUAUGUUAUUGGCGGCGAACGUGGAGCCCAGAUUUUGGCCAAUGGUGAGGUGUAUGAUCCUCAGAAUGAUUGUUGGUCUCCUAUAGCACCGAUGAUUGUGCCACGUUGUGAAUUUGGUUUGUGUGCCAUGGAUAAUAGUCUAUUGGCAGUGGGCGGUUGGAUAGGGGAUGAUAUUGGUGGUUCCAUGGAACGCUACGAUCCCGAUAAAGAUGUUUGGCAAAUAAUAGGAAAUCUGCCAGAACCACGCUUCAGUAUGGGUGUGGUUAGUUUUGAAGGUCUCAUAUAUAUAGUGGGUGGAUGCACUAUAUCCAGUCGUCAUUUACCGGAUUUAGUGAGUUACAAUCCGGUAACUCAAGAGUGGCAACCUUUGGCUCGCAUGCAAGUGGCACGCUGUCAAAUGGGUGUGGCUAUAUUAGAUCGUUAUUUGUAUGUGGUGGGCGGUAAUAGCAGUUCAGCAGCGGUUUUGAGUUCAGUGGAACGCUACAGUUUUGAUGAUAAUACUUGGUCUACGGUAUGCGCCAUGUCAGUGCCACGUGCAAUACCCGCCGUAGCUGCGGCAGAUGGUUUACUGUAUGUUGCGGGAGGAGAUCAGCCCUGCGAGGCCACUUUCUAUCGUGCCCAAGUCACUAUAAGCGCCGUGGAGUGUUAUGAUCCACUGACAGACACUUGGAAGAAUUGCCCUGACUUGCCCGUUAGCCGUUCAGAGGCUGGCGCUGUUGUUGUUUAACCCUUAAUCUAAAAACUCUAAGGCGGUAUUAUCUCUAAAGGUCUCCAAGCUGCCCCAAGGUUUAAUCAAACUUUUACACGUAACUAACACAUUCUGAAGGAAAUUAACAGUAUAUUUAUAUCCUUAAUUUUUUAUUAAAUGUAUUAUUUUUUAUGUUUACUUUAUAUUUAUUACUUAUAAGUUCUUUUUUUAUACACAAAAAUAUCUAUAAUUUCAAGCCAAAAAAUUAAAAAAAAAAC